GUUCUCGCGUAAAUCGAGAUUUCGUGGGCUUUGGUUGUCAUCGAGACUACGAUUUGUAGAAGCAGAUUUUUUUACACUAAGAUUGGCAACAAAUUAAAUUAAAUCUAGUCUAGAUCUUGAUCUAUCUGUAAACAUGGAUGACUUUCAGUCAGGAGAAGAGACAGCAUUUGUUGUGGAUGAAGUGACCAACAUUAUAAAAGAAGCUGUUGAAGGUGCUAUUGGAGGCAAUGGCUACCAGCACAACAAAGUCAACCAGUGGACAUCCAAUGUUGUAGAGCAGUGUUUAAAUCAACUUACAAAGCUUGGCAAACCUUUCAAAUACAUAGUCACCUGUGUAAUAAUGCAGAAAAAUGGAGCUGGAUUGCACACAGCAAGUUCAUGUUUCUGGGACAACUCUACUGAUGGUAGCUGCACAGUCAGGUGGGAAAACAAGACUAUGUUCUGCAUUGUUAGUGUCUUUGGUCUUGCCAUCUAGAAUAGAAUAGGAGCAAUCUUGUGAAGUGUGGAAUAGAAAACAACUCAUUUUGAUUUCAAUAUAAAUUAUUUCUUUAGCCUUUGCUUCCAUAAACAUUUUGAAGUUGUUUUUUUUAAUUUUGUAAAUAAUUAUUUUGGAUUUGCUGCAUUUUGUCUUAUUGAAAUAUAUAAUUUAUUUUAUGAUUUGACCACAAUUCAUACUGGUAUUACAGAGCUAAUAUUUGACUUGCAUUAUCAUGGAGGGCAGGACAAGACUCAAAGUAGACUGUAAUUACCCAUUUUGUGAUAGAAAUAUUAUUUAGAAUUGGGAAUAAUUGCCACAUGACACAAAAUUGUUUACUUUAUAGAUGAAAUCUCUUUAUAAAUAAACAGCUUUGAACACUCA